ACUUGAGGAAAAUGAAAUGAUUUUUUUUUAAAACAGUGAACUCUUGAAACGGUGGAGGCCAAAUAAAGGAAACAUAGCACACAGUUGAUUGUACCAUGAAAAGCAAAAGAGAGGCAACAAAACCCAUCACCGCCUCAACAGAGAAGAAAGAAGAAGACAUGGACGAAACAGAGAUGAACAAGAACAAGAGCAAGAAGAACAAGAUCAAGAAGCAAAAACACCAACACCCAAGUUACCAAUCCACAAAAUCAGCUUCUGAUUUCAAUUUCAAGCCAAGCUCUGAUGUAAAGGGCCUCAGAUUCGGCGGUCAGUUCAUCGUUAAAUCCUUCACAAUCCGGCGAGCUAGGCCUUUAGAGCUCCUCCGCCUCCUGUCUUUUCCGGCCACCACCAGAAACUCCGGCAACAAACCGCCGUUCCCAUCGGCCACAGCUUUCAUUCCCACAAACUUCACAAUCCUCGCUCACCAUGCCUGGCACACCCUCACUCUAGGCCUUGGCACCAAAAAGUCCAAAGUUGUUCUCUUUGUGUUUGAAAAUGAGGCCAUGAAAGCAGCUAUAGACCGUGUUUGGCCAACAGAAAUCCCUCUUGGCGAAGUGAACAAGAAGAUGAUCAGAGGGCUAUGUGGGUGCGAGAUGGCUCGGUUCAAAUUUAGAAAAGGGUGCAUAACUUUUUAUGUUUAUGCAGUUCGAAGAGAAGGGUGUUUUGGGUUUUCUUGUGCUGAUGAUUUGAGAACCAUUUUGGAAUCCGUUGUUGCUCUCAAAGAUUUCUUGGAUCAUACUGCUAUGUUGGCUAUGCCUCAUCAGAGAACCAUCAGCUUUGCUGCGCCUCCUGUUGCAAUGGCUUAUUAGGCUUCUAAUUAUAUUGCUAUUCAUUUUCCUCUAUUCUCAUAUCACCAAGCACAGAAGAUUGAUUGGUAAUGGUAAUUGGUUUAUUUGUUCAAACCUUCCUUUUCUUUCUCCAAGAUGAACAUUUGUCCUGUAGAAUGAAUAACACUAAUCGGACUACUUAUACAUUGUCUCUGUGCCUAAAUCUGUCUUUGUUGUGAUUGUGUGCACAGUUUGUUUCGUGAAAGGUGAAACUGAAGAGCUUCCACUCUUCAACUACAUGGAAUUCUGUGUGUAAUAACAGAUAUAUUAUGAUGAUUUUGCA